AAUAUUCCUUCUACAGAUGCAUGCUGGGGACCAUUGUGGUGACGUCAUUUAUAGGCAGAAGGUGAAAUUGUUUUGACACAAACAGCAACUUCAGACCAGGAAAGAUGGAUGACGACGACGCUGCCGAGGAGGGUGACGAGUUCCCAACACUGGGGGAAUAUGAAGGGGACCGUAAUGAGAAGAACGAAAGGCACGGCAAGGGGAGAGCAAUCUUGCCGAACCGAGAUAUAUACGAGGGCAGCUACAUGUACGGCAAGAGAGACGGUAUGGGCGUGUACAAGUUCAAAAACAAAAACGCCAGGAAUGCUCGCUACAUAGGCAACUAUUUCCAGGGCAAGAAGCAGGGCUUUGGAAAGUUUGUCUACCCCGAUGGCUCGCGGUACGAGGGCAACUGGGUGGACGACCUGAAGGAAGGGCCGGGCAAAUAUUUUUAUGUCAACGGCGACACUUACUCGGGCGAUUGGAGCAAGGGACUGAGGCAUGGCAAGGGCACAUACACAUAUGCCAACGGUACAAAAUAUGUUGGCUCCUGGUGGAAAGGGAAGUGGGAAGGUUUUGGCGAGUUUCAUUACUGCAACUACAAGUACUGUGGCAGGUUCAGGGACAACAAGAUGUUCGGCUACGGCAAGUUCGUGUUUGACGUGGCCUGCGAGCUGCAUGGUCAGUACGUGCUGGACAACAAGGACGAGCUCUCCGGACUGAUGGACCUGGCCCAAGAGGCCGCCCUCGUUAUACUCGACGAGCAGGACAGAGCGCCUGGAGAAGACGAGUUCAUGGAUGACAUGGCGGAGCAAACCUUAAGGAUGCCACCCUCACCGCCACCAAUAGGACCGACCCACUUUGAGGCCGGGUCAUUGACCGGGUUACACGUGAUGACCCCAGAAGAGGAAGAGGAAGCAAGGCUGGUUGAUGAGCUCAACGCCCUUCGUGCUACAGUAGAGGCUCAGAUCGCUGCCAGGAAGGAAGCAGAGAUACGACGUCAGCAGGCCGAGGCUGCCAAGUGGGCCAGAGAAGAGGCCGAGAGGGUGACGCUUGAGAUCCUGGCAGAGGGUGCCGAUGUGAACGAGGACGUGGUGCCAGCCAUCACGGCGCCCACCGAGCCCGAGGAGGAGACGGUGGCGGACAUGGAGAGGCAGGAGUCUACCAUAGAGGCAACGGAGGAGGCGCCAGCAGAGGAACAGAACCCAGACUAGUGGGUUUCUUGAGGAGUAGUGGAUUCUUUUAAGGAUUAAUGGGUUCCAUGUUAGGUUUCUUGAGGAUUAGUGGGUUCCACCAGGAUUAUUGGGUUCCAUGGGGGGUUCCUUGAGGAUUAGUGGGUUCCACCAUUAGUGGGUUCCUAGAGGAUUAGUGAGUUCCAUGGG